AUGAGUUCCUUAAGCAAAGCUCCUACUAAUAAUUCAACUGAGGAAAGUGGUUGGACUUCAUAUUUUGAUGACUUCUUCAACAACAAUGAUGAUGAUGAUAAUCUUAACAACAUCAACCACAAGUGUUCUAACUCUCUGUCUUUAUCUACCUCUUCUUCCCUUCUCUCAGAUGCAACUUCUUUGGUUGGCAAAAAUGCAUUAUUCGAUCAAAAUGUUGAGAAGGAGGUUUCUUCCAAUAAAAAUGGUGAGAUGGGUUCAAGUUUCAAGAAGAGAAAGAAUAUUGUUGAUCAAGCUUUGGAAGAUACCGCAACCUCUCCUCUCAAUACUCCCAAGGAAAAGAGAAAGGCAAUAGUUGAGGACAAAAAGAAUUGA